UGUACUGUCGAAUUAAUUCUACAUCAAGGUAAAAGGUGACAAUGCAGCUAUUUGUACAAGCGGGAGAGAUCCACACCCUGACUCUGUCAGGUGAGGAGACCGUGCAGGAUGUCAAGACACUUGUGAAUGAGACAGAGGGCUAUCCUCUUGAGGACCAGGUUGUCUUUUAUGCUGGCAAACCCUUGGAUGGCUCUAUCCAGCUUGGCACUCUGCCCGACCUGGCCACCGUCAAUGUGGAGCUCAGACUGUUCGGAGGAAAAGUUCACGGUUCUCUGGCUCGUGCUGGUAAAGUGAAGGGUCAGACUCCAAAGGUUGACAAACAGGAAAAGAAGAAGUCAAAGACUGGCCGUGCCAAGAGAAGAAUGCAGUACAACCGACGAUUUGUCAAUGUUGUUGCCACAUUCGGACGCAGAAAGGGACCCAAUGCCAAUUCAUAACUUAAUUUUAUGAUGUUUGUGACCUACAUGGAAUAAAGCUCCAAUCUGCUA